CACUGGGUCCUCUUAGGCACUAUAAGAUACAAGAUAGAUGCUGAGACCAAUAUAUACACAAGGCGUGAAGCAUUUUCCCAAGGCGUGAAGCAUUUUGCCAACACUGGGUCUUCUUUCUUCUUCUUCUUUUUUUUUUUUUUUUUUUUUUUUUUUUUUUUCUGCUUUUCUUUUUCUGUAGUUUUGCUGGCAAACCAUAAUUUGAGAAGUUAAUUCCUUCUUAGUGCUAAAUCAAACACUUCGUCUCUGCUACUCAUUUUCAUGGAUGAAAACCAAAUGGGUCAUUCACAAACUAAGUUCCCAGCUUCCCUCUUGGGUAUCUUCUGUAUUUUCUCCAUUCAAGACCCAAAAUUACCACUUUCCUUCUUCGAGAUCUUCUACUUAUAUCCUCAAUUAUGUAGAUAUAAGCCUCCUGUUAUCUUUCUGUGGAAGGGAAGCUUACUUUGAUCUGGGUUCUUCAAUUCAUGCCUCCAUUACCAAAAAUCGUGAAUUUUUCGAUUCCCCAAAUGAUCACAAUUUUCGAAACGUGCUAAUUAUUUGGAACUCUCUCCUAUAUAUGUACUUCAAAUGUGGUGUCUUCUCAGAUGCUGUAAAGGUGUUUGAUGAUAUGCCUACGAGAGAUACUGUGUCUUGGAAUACAAUGGUUUCUGGGUUUUUGAGGAAUGGGGACUUGGAUACAGGUUUUUGGUACUUUAAACAAAUGCGUGAAUCGGGGUUAUACGGAUUAGAUCAAGCAACUUUAACAACUAUAUUAUCAGCUUGUGAUAGGCCUGAGCUUAGUUUUGCCAAUAGAAUGAUACAUUGUUUGGUGUUUAUAAACGGUUUUGAGCGGGAAACAACUGUAGGGAAUGCGCUGAUGACAUCAUAUUUUAAAUGUGGAUCUUCUAGUUUAGGGAGGCAGGUCUUUGAUGAGAUGCUUGAAAGAAAUGUUAUUACUUGGACAGCUAUCAUAUCAGGGCUGUCGCAAAAUGAAAUGUACGAGGAUAGUUUGGGAUUAUUUGUGCAAAUGCGUUGUGGAUUGAUAGAACCAAAUUUUUUGACAUACUUGAGUUCAUUGACUGCAUGUUCUGGUUUGCAGGCAUUAGAGAAAGGGCGUCAAAUUCAUGGACUUGUUUGGAAAUUGGGAAUUCAAUCGAAUUUGUGCAUUGAGAGCGCAUUAAUGGACUUGUACUCAAAAUGUGGAAGUUUGGAAGAUGCACGGCGUGUUUUUGAAUCUGCAGUUGAGCUUGAUGAGGUUUCCAUGACCGUAAUUCUUGUGGGUUUUACACAGAAUGGAUUUGAGGAAGAAGCUAUAGAAUUUUUUGUGAAAAUGGUAAAUAUAGGAACUGAGGUUGACCCAAACAUGGUUUCAGCUGUUCUUGGGGCAUGUGGUGUGGAUACUUCUUUAGGUCUUGGUAAACAAAUUCAUUCAUUGGUUAUCAAACGAAGUCUUGGUUCUAAUCCCUUUGUUGGCAAUGGGCUCAUUAAUAUGUACUCCAAGUGUGGAGAGUUACAAGAGUCGAUCAAAGUCUUCAAUGGACUGACUUGUAGAAACUCAGUCUCAUGGAACUCUAUGAUUGCUGCUUUUGCCCGCCAUGGGGAUGGAUUUAGAGCACUACGGUUAUAUGAAGAGAUGAUACAAGAAGGUGCAGUGCCAACAGAUUUAACUUUUCUCUCAUUGCUUCAUGCUUGUAGCCAUGUAGGCUUAGUUGACAAAGGCAUGAAGUUCUUGAAAUCCAUGACUAAAGUAUAUGGUAUUAGUCCGAGAGCAGAGCAUUAUGCUUGUGUUGUUGACAUGUUGGGGCGGGCAGGGCUUCUGAAUGAAGCUAAAAGUUUGAUUGAGAGAUUAUCUAUAAAGCCUGAUGUGCUUAUUUGGCAAGCCCUGCUUGGUGCUUGUAGCAUUCGUGGAGAUACUGAAAUAGGGAAAUAUGCAGCUGAACAGUUGUUACUACUAGAACCCAAAAAGCCAGCGCCAUAUGUGUUGCUGGCAAAUAUAUACUCUAGUAAAGGUAGAUGGGAUGAAAGAGCAAGGACUAUUAAGAGAAUGAAAGAAAUGGGGGUGGCAAAAGAAACAGGUAUAAGCUGGAUUGAGAUUGAAAAGAAAGUGCACAGCUUUGUUGUUGAGGACAAAAAGCAUCCACAAGCUGAGAUCAUAUAUGGUGUUUUGGCAGAAUUAUUCAGACUCAUGAUAGAUGAAGGCUAUGUACCAGAUAAGAGGUUCAUUCUCUACUACAUGAAUCAAGAUGGCAAGUACAAGCAAUGAUCGAUCUAUUGGAUGCUAGAUAAGGGCUGUGAUUUAACUUUUACUUACUUCUAGAGGACUGGAAGGCUAUUAGUUUAGUUAUUACCCCUUUGUCCCUUUCUCAUGUACUAUCUUCAAAUUUGUAUAUUGAAUAUUCUAUUUGAAGAAUGACAUUCUAUUUCCUUUUUAUCACA